AUUACUGGGUGUUCUAAUUUUUCGCUAAACAAUUAACGAAUUCGUAAGCGCAGUACUUAGCACGAACAAAAUAAGCAGUGUUGAUCAAGUUUAUCACGAUGUCGUCUGCAGAAGAGUUCGAUCCAAAACAACCGCAGUCGGCUCCGGAAGUCGCGGACAACGAGAGCACAAGCGAGACCCGAGAAACCAACGAUUUUCACUCGACAAUCGACAGCCUGACAAAACGAAAAGCUACACCGUUCACUUCCACAAUGGACGUGGCUCUCGCCACAGCAUACACGACGGAGAAAAACAUACUUGACGGGACAUUCCGCGAGCACGGUGUACCGACGAGGCAGCAGAAGCAGGCCGCUUGGGAGAGGAUACGGGACUGUGUUAAUGCAUUUUCAGGGGAAAACAACGUGAAAACCGUGCAACAGUGUAAAGACAGACAUCGUAAUUUGAUACAAGCAGUUCGCUUCAAGAGGUCAUCUGGAUUCCUGGAAGGACCACUGCCAUUGCCUGGCAACAUCCAAUCACAGGAGAUGAUUGAUCAACAGGGGGAGGCAUCACAUCAAGAGCUGAAUGAAAAAGACAGAACAGAGGAAGUACAGACCAAUCAGCAAGAAUUGCAUCAUGUUGAGCCAGCCAAUGGUAUUCCUUCAACAUCAGGCCUAUCACUCAAGGAGAAACGACCCUUGAAGCGGCCAUCCUCGUCUUCCGCCGACUCCUUAGACGAGUACCACAAGCGCAAGCUCGCCAUCCUGGUGAAGGAGCACAUAGUCAGGGUGGAGCUGAUGAAAGCCCAGACGGAAUACUACCGCACCAAGACAGAGCUGAUGGUCAAGCAUAGCUGUAGCCGGCCAGCUAGCCUGCCCGUCAAUCCACCGUCCAAGCACUCCUCCUCCCAUCUACACCUGCAUCCCAACCUGCCGGGAAAGACUUGAACGUUUAUUCUUUUGGUAAAA